GUGUAAGCAAAUGCCAUGCAAGUGAAAUCUUUAAAUAAAAGAUUAUCUUUCUCUUUUCAAAAGGCAUUGUCAAAAAUACAAGAUGGCAAAAAUAAUUGUCACAUUGUUUGCUUGCUAACUACAAACUUGCUUUGCACAGAAGAGGAGGAGGAGGAGGAGGAGGUAGAAGAGGAGGAGGAGGAGGAGGAGGAGGAGGAAGAUACUGGAGAGGAAAAUGAAGGAGACGAUGCAAAGCCUAAGUUAAAGUCUGGUUUCAUGCCCGGCAUGGCAGCUCCAAAGAUCCCAGAUGGAGAAAAAGUGGACUUUGAUGACAUUCAUCGAAAACGAAUGGAAAAGGACCUGACGGAGCUCCAGACUCUGAUCGAAGCUCACUUUGAGAAGCGUAAGAAGGAGGAAGAGGAGCUUAUCAACCUCACAGAUCGCAUUGAGAAACGCAGAUCAGAGAGAGCAGAGCAGAUGAAGAUCAGAGCAGAGAGAGAAAGAGAGCGGCAGAACAAAAUGGCUGAAGAGAAAGCGAGGAAAGAAGAGGAGGAGGCCAAGAAGAAAGCAGACGAUGAUGCGAGGAAGAAGAUGAUUCUAUCAAACUUGAGUUUCACUGGAUACAAGCAGACACAGACGGGGGGAAAAAGACAAACGGAGAGAGAAAAGAAGAGGAAGAUCCUAAAUGACCGACGCAAGGAGUUAAACAUUGAUCACUUGAAAGAUGACAAACUCAGGGAAAAAGCCAAGGAGCUGUGGGACUGGAUGCGCGAGCUAGAGGCAGAGAAAUUUGAGCUUCAGUACAAGUGCACGAAGCAGAAGUAUGAGAUCACCGUGCUGAGAAACCGGGUCACUGAUCAUCAGAAAAUUUCAAAGGGGAGCAGGAGCAAGCGUGGUCUGAGGAAGUGACCUCUGACACCAACCGGAGGAAAACUGGCUCCAUCUGACAUCAGUGAAAUCAUUGAGUGGCAGAUACUGAAUUAUAAUGUUUUCUAAAUACUUGUAAAAAGGCAAGAACAUAAUUAUAACUAUGAAAACACCAAAAGAUGUUCCUUAAUAAGUUAGCUGUGAAAUGAAGUGCAGCAGUAUAACCGAGUCUCUGAUUGCAGACUGAUCAGGCGAUGUGGUGCAGCUCAUGUUUUUUUUUUUUUGUUUUUUUUAAACAGGGAUUUGAAGUGUCUAAGCUAUUGUGAUGGCUUUAAAGUCUGAAAGGAAACCACUGAAUGUGUCACUUGGAAUACUCAAAGUGAAGCAGAAACUAAUUAAUUGAACCUUGUGUGUAGGAUUUUGGGAUUGCAAUGAAUUAAAAAAAAAAAAAAAAAAAACUUAACAA